AUGGUCAUUGAUGACGAAAUGGACGACGACAGUUGUAAUCUUGAAUUGUUAAACGACCUCCAACCCGACGAUCCCUUUGUGGCGACUGGCGAGACCGAACAUGCGACAUCGCAGAGUUGCAUUCAAGCGUUUGCCAAGCUUACGGACGGUGUAGCUCAUACGAAGCUCCUCAACGAUUUAGUUGAACUCCGCUGGAAUUUGUUCGGUGAUAUUUCGUACGAGUAA